AGCAGUUCAUCAGAAACACUGAAAAAGAAAGAAAGCAAAAGUGGAGAAUUAAUAGAAAAUGGGUUCCGAGUGUCAAUACCAGAUUCCUACCAUAGAUUUCUCAAACCAUUCAUCGGAAGUGGACCGAGGAACAGAAGAGUGGUACAGUUUGUGCAAGAGAGUUCGAGAGGCUUGUGAAAACAAUGGUUUCUUUGAAAUAGUGUAUGACAAGAUACCUCUGCAGUUAAGAGCAGAGACCUUCUCUAUGAUUAGGCAAGUCUUUGGCCUUCCUCUGGAGACAAAGAAGAAGUAUUGUAAUCCAAGGCCUUAUGGCGGUUACCUUGGACAGAAUUCAAAACUACCCUUGUUUGAGAGCUUUGGCCUUGAAGAUUCCUCCAACUAUGAAUCCCUCAGAAGCUUCACACAACUAAUGUGGCCUAAUGGUCAUGACCAGUUUUGCAACACUGUAAUUUCUAUGGUGAAGAAGUUAGAUGAGCUCAAACAUAUGAUUGAAGUGAUGAUUCUUGAUAGUUAUGGUUUGGGAGAUAACUCAAAAUCGAUCUUGACAUCUGCGACACUGCUAAGGAUAAUGAAAUACAGCUCUCCUCCCUUGGGGGAGUACAUGCAGGGCCUCCAUGCUCACACUGACAAAGCACUUAGCACAAUCCUUUGUGAUGAUCAAGUUUCAGGGCUGGAAAUCGAAACAAAGGAUGGAAAAUGGGUCAAGCUUUCUUUCUCUCCUACCUCCUUGGUUUUCAUCGUUGGAGAUCUCCUUAUGGCAUGGAGUAAUGGUAGAAUGCAUGCUGCAAAGCAUCGAGUGAUGAUGAGUGGAGAGAAGGAACGGUACUCUUUGGGACAAUUUGUGGAUCCAGUAGAAGGUACCAUCAUCAAGGCACCUAAGGAGCUAGUAGAUGAAGAACAUCCCCGCAUCCUCAAGGACAUUGACUAUACAAACUUUAGCAAGUUUUUUUACUCAGAUGAAGGAAGGUUUAUCGACACACAAAUGCAAAUUUUUGCCUUUGCUGGGAUUAGUUAGCACUAAAAUUGAACGCAAGUUUGCUGGCCUAAACCAAUAAUUGACUAGCUCCUCCACAGAUGAGAAAUACUAGUUUACAACACUAUCUGCUUUACAUUUGUGUUUAAGAACUUUUUUAUAGCAUUUCCGUGCUUUUUCAGUGCAAACUCUGCUUUAAAGUCUUGUAUCAGCCUUAAGCUAUGUUUGACACUCACUGAAGACAUCUGAAUCUGAACAAGUAGAAAGGGGCAAGUUAUGGAAAAGAAGUGUAGUUUCCUCAAGAACUAUUCAUCCUGGUUUUGCAAUUGUUUGAAUGAUUUCUACUAUUAACUAUGCACCUACCAACGAUAUGUCAUAUUUUUAUUUUAGCUUAUGUCAAA